UAGUUGGGCCGAGUGGGCCCGCCUUUGUUUUAGCUUGGAGCGCUCGAGCACCCAGCGCCUCCACGCGACCUCCAUGGCCAGAAGCCGCCGCCGCCGCCGCCGCCGCGGAGCGCCGUCGUCGCAGCAGGGCGACGAAUCCUCGGCGCUGGAGGACGGCAUCCUCAGCACCAGAGAAGUCACCAUUGUGGAGAAGUCAGGCUCUACUUCGUCGACUUCAUCUGGACCUUAUGUUUGUGCAGAUCUCCUGGACAGCCUGCUUCAUGAAAUCAUUGUUCUCAUCAACUCAUUCCAGGACUUCCUUGCUUUUAGUGGCACCUGCCACUCUUGGCGUGCAGCAGUCUCUUCCUUCCCCCCUGUGUAUGCUUUCAGCUUCCCACCUCUGCAUCUCGAACCAGAUGGUCCUUAUGUCCCUCCACAUAGCAAAUGUUUCAAGUCCCUCGAUUUGUCUAAUUGCAAAUGGAAGCUCAGUGACCUUACCAAGAAAAACUUAUCCCUUCAUUGUUCAGUGCCUCAAAACACUCCAAAUGAAAUGGACUAUCUGGGUUGCUCACAUGGGUAUCUUAUCUUUACGUAUGAGGAGCACUGCCUACUUGUCGAUGCAUACACUGGUGCCAAGGUGAUGCCCCCCAAACUCCCAUGCAACAACAAACUUGGUUACUCUGGCAUUGGCAUCCUGACGGCUCCAUUCAGUUCACCCAACUCUCGCCUCCUCCUGUUCUCAUGGGUCUCCAUGUUUGAGUGGCAGGUUGGAACAACCUCCUGGUCAGAGCAUCCUCUUGAUCUUGACCGUGAACGCGUCUAUCAGGUUGUGUCCUUCAAAGGUCAUAUCCUUGUCGUAGAUACUCUUAUGGGGCUUCACACUAUCCAACUAACACCUCAGUUCAGCAUGAACGAAGUAGCAAUUACGUGGAGGACCCUGCAGACCUUUCCUUUUACCACAUGGUUUGUGGUCUGUGGUGACAUGCUUCUCAUGGUUAAUCUCACAUUUGCUUCUGUUCCAUCACUUGGGAGCUCGCUUAGCUUUGGCGGGUCCGAUGUUGACAUGAGGUUUUUUAAGGUCUUCCGCCUUGACUUCUCAGUGAAGCCAGCCAAGUGGGUACAGAUGGAGAAGUUGGAAAACUAUGCGCUGUUUCUUAGCCUGGAUAGGAGGAACCCUGCAUUUUCUUGCGUGAACCCUGAGAGAUGGGGAGGAAAGAGUAACUGUGUUUACGUUGCCAAGCUAUUUAAUGAUGCUGAUCCUGAAGAGACUUGGACUGCGCUGGAGGUUGGUCAGUCAGUGCCGCACCACCACAUAGUUGACCUCAUGAUGUAUAGUAGGCAUUCCCACCGGACUACAGUCAGAUUGGUAGCCUUUGGCUUUUCCCCAGUCUGGUUUAUGGCGCCAGCCAGUGAUCGUGUAAGCCUUGCAGGGUAUUGGCUAGUUUUGCACAGGCAAUGGCGAUUGCUGUUUUUGUAGUUUCAGUUAGCAAGGUCGAUGUAAACAAUUUCUUGAGUUGGACCAGCGUUAUGUGUUCAAAAUACUUUUGAUGUGUAUUGGGCAUGCCUGCUUGUAAUCUGGUGAAGAAUUGAACAUCGGAAUUGCAUUUUGCAAUCGGCAUUUGAACCCUGGUACCUGUGCACUUCUAAAUCUUUGCUGGUUUUCAGGUUU